AUGUCCGAACCAAUUACCAAGAAACCCAAGUCUGUGAUUCCCAAGAAGAUCGUUCUUCUUCCAGGUGACCACGUUGGUGCUGAAAUUAUUGACGAGGCCGUCAAAGUCCUGAAAGCCAUUAGCAGCGUUUCUCCAAAUGCUGAUUUUGAGUUCCAAACUCAACUAAUCGGAGGAGCUGCUAUUGAUGCCACCGGUUCUCCACUACCAGAUGAAACCUUGGAAGCUGCUAGAGGCGCUAAUGCUGUCCUUUUGGGGGCUGUUGGUGGGCCUAAAUGGGGUACAGGUGAUGUCAGACCAGAACAAGGUCUACUGAAAAUUAGAAAAGAACUCAACUUGUAUGCUAACUUGCGUCCUUGUAACUUUGCCAGUGACUCUCUUCUAAAGCUCUCCCCAUUGAAAGAGGAUAUCGUUCGUGGAACCAACUUCACUGUUGUUCGUGAGCUUGUAGGCGGUAUCUACUUUGGAGAAAGAACUGAAGAUGAUGGCUCAGGAGUUGCCUGGGAUACUGAGAAAUACUCUGUCCCUGAAGUGCAACGUAUUACCCGUAUGGGUGCAUUUCUGGCUCUGCAAAGCGAUCCUCCUUUGCCAAUAUGGUCUUUGGACAAGGCAAAUGUCUUGGCUUCCUCCCGUUUGUGGAGAAAAACCGUUACUGAAACUUUGGAGAAGGAGUUUCCCCAAUUGACUUUGAACCAUCAAUUGAUCGACUCUGCGGCCAUGAUUUUAGUGAAAUCUCCUUCCAAGCUGAAUGGUAUUGUUUUGACUAAUAACAUGUUCGGAGAUAUCAUUUCCGAUGAAGCAUCCAUGAUUCCAGGCUCUUUAGGACUGUUGCCAUCGGCUUCUCUAGCUUCUCUGCCAGAUUCUAACGAAGCCUUUGGACUGUACGAGCCUUGCCAUGGCUCAGCUCCAGAUUUGGACAAAGGUAAGGUCAACCCUGUAGCUACAAUCUUGUCUGCAGCUAUGAUGCUUCGUCUAUCCCUGAAUCUUACAGAAGAAGCUGAUGCUUUAGAGAAAGCCGUCGGUCAAGUUUUGGACUCUGGGAUCAUGACUGGAGAUUUAGGAGGCUCCAACUCUACCACUGAAGUAGGAGAUGCUAUUUCCAAGGCUGUGGUCGACAUUUUGAAAAACUAG